UUCUUGGAACGGUAGAAUGACGCCGUUUUAGAAACAUGUAUUUCUGGGAAAUACACGAAUCAAAGAAUCCACAACUGCAAAUGAACAAGAAACAGAACAUCAAAGAACCCGAAAAAAAUCAAAACCUAAUCAACCAGAAUCCAUUAAUCCAAUUUUCAAAUCACAUCCUACCAUACUUAACACCACAAGAACUCUCAAAUAUCUCACUAACAUGCAAAUCCCUCUCACAAAUCUCCAAAAAAAUCACUCUCAACCGAACCCUAGACGCCUCUCGAUCACUCGAAAACAACGAAAUCCCAUUUCACAACACACUCGACAACACCCCAUACGCCUAUUUCCUUUACACCCAAUCAAACAUCCUCCCUUCCCAAUCUAUCACGCGCCAAUCUUGGGGCGGCCCGUCACCGCGAAGGCCGCCGCGAUAUGAGGGUUUGUUAGAGUGUGAUUGUGACUGUGAAGAGUGUAAUCAGGAGGAGGAGGAGGAGGAUGGUGUGAGUGUUUUGGGGGUGGAAGAGGUGGAGAUGGGGAUAAUGAGUGAGUGUGGAACGAGUUGUGGGUGUGGGUUUAAGUGUAGGAAUCGGUUGACUCAGAAGGGUGUUUCUGUAAAACUAAAGAUUGUUAGGGAUUUGAGAAAAGGUUGGGGUUUGUGGGCUGAUCAGUUUAUUUGGGAAGGUCAAUUUGUUUGCGAGUAUGCUGGUGAACUAUUGACAACUGAAGAAGCUAGAAGACGGCAAGAAAUCUACGACAAGCUGGCAUCAAGUGGUCGAUUUUCUUCCUCUCUUUUGGUUGUGAGAGAGCAUCUUCCAUCAGGAAAAGCUUGUUUGAGGGUGAAUAUUGAUGCCACACGUGUAGGAAAUGUUGCAAGAUUCAUUAACCAUUCUUGUGAUGGCGGAAAUUUAUCGACAAUGCUAGUGAGAAGCGCAGGAGAUUUGCUGCCUCGUCUUUGUUUCUUUGCUUCCAGAGACAUAAAUGAAGGGGAAGAGCUUACAUUUAGCUAUGGGGAAGUCAGGAUCAGGUCGAAGGGCUUGCAGUGUUUCUGUGGCAGCUCGUGCUGUCUAGGAACAUUACCGUCAGAAAAUACUUAAGUCUCACAAAAGAAGAAGUAAUCGGUAUCUUCUCCUCUCUUGUACUACACAUUUUGCUUGUCAUCAAUUUUAUAUGAUAAUUCCAGAAUUGUUUGUCGUGCAAAAAUAUGAUUGUUAUACGACGCUCAAUUGUCGUUUUUUUAUCCUCAACUGACAUGCUCGGUUCAGCUGUUGCUGUUAUAAGCUGUUGGGCUUGUUAUUUGUUAGAUGCAACCCAAUGGGUGAUAAUAGCUCUUCUAAUAGUUUCAUUUUAAAGCCUUUUCUAAA